CUAUAACAUGGAGUACAGCGGAUCACGAGCAUCAAAUCAAUACACAACUACAAAUAGCACAUUGAUCAAAUAGAGACAAGAAGCUAGAGAAAGAAGAAUGGCAUCCAUGAAGCUCUCCCUCGCCGUCGUCUUCCUCCUCUCUGCGGUGGUGGUGAUGAGCGCCAUGGGCGGCGCGGAGGAGGCGAGGUGCUCGGUGGUGUGCAUCCAGGGAGGCUACAUCACCUGCGACAACUACCCGUACCAGAAGCUGGACGGCUGCGCCUGCGAGUGCGCGCCCAAGGACGGCCAGAACUGCGUCCUCCACCUCGAGCACGGCCCGCCCUCCAACUGCCCGCCUCAGGCCUAACUAAGCCUAGUUAACUUAAGUAACCGGGGAGAUGUGAUCAGAUCGAUGAUGAUCCAUUUCCAGAAUUAAUUCUCUACUACUGUUGAUGUGUGUGUUACUAUGUAAUUCUUGUGUUCGUGUUCGUGAGAUGGGAUAAAUUUGGUUGUUGAAUAAUGGAAUAAAUGGAUAUAUUGUGUGUCGCUGUUGUAUACAGUGUAUGAGUGUGUGACUGUGUGUGAGUGU